UUAGCCUUUACUUCAAUAUCUUUCCCCGUUUUUCCUAUCAGUAUUCCAGCUGCCUUUAUUUGUGUGCCAAGAUUUAAUUUUUUUAUUUUAAAUCUGUGACUGCAGGCUUUAAUUUUGGGUCCAUCUGUACAGCUCCCACACUGAUAACAUCGUAACCUUCUGUAUAAAGCACUAUCACAAACCUUUGGACAGUGCUGAGACAGACAGAGAAAUGAGCAAGAUGCUGCUUUGGGCGGGUCUAUUCCUGAUGCUGCAUGUUCAUCUGGGUUCUACCUACAAGCUGGUUUGCUACUUUACAAACUGGUCACAGUACCGGCCUGACCAGGGAAAGUACAUGCCAGGGAAUGUUGACCCGCAGCUCUGCACUCAUCUCGUAUAUGCCUUUGCCACCAUGAAUGAGCAUAAGAUUGCGCCUUAUGAGUGGAAUGAUGAUGUCCUAUACAAACAGUUUAGUGACCUAAAGCAGAAAAAUCCAAAACUGGUGAACUUACUGGCAAUUGGAGGUUGGAACUUUGGAACACAGAAGUUCACAGAUAUGGUUGCUUCUGCUGGGAACCGGUCAAUUUUCAUUAAAUCUGUGAUUGCAUAUCUCCGACAAUAUGACUUUGAUGGAAUAGACCUCGAUUUUGAGUACCCAGGAUCUCGAGGUAGCCCUCCUGAGGAUAAGCAGAGAUUUACUAUAUUGAUACAGGAAAUGCUGGAGGCAUUUACCGAAGAAUCUAAAUCUUCAGGUCUUCCAAGGCUUCUAAUCACAGCGGCAGUGUCAGCAGGAAAAGGGACCAUAGAUGCUGGAUAUGAGAUAGCAAAGAUCGGACAAUUACUGGAUUUUAUCAGCGUAAUGACUUAUGAUUUCCAUGGAGGGUGGGACACUCAGUCUGGACACAACAGCCCUCUGUGCAAGGGUUCCACAGACUACGGAGAAUUAGAAUACUUUAACAUUAAUUUUGCUAUGAAUUAUUGGAAAGACAACGGAGCCCCUGCAGAGAAACUUCUAAUUGGAUUCCCAACCUAUGGCCGAACCUUCAGAAACUCAAAUCCUAACAACUGUGAUGUGGGGAUUCCUGUGUCUGGAGCAGGAUCAGCUGGGCCAUACACCAGGGAGGCUGGAUUCUGGGCCUAUUAUGAGAUCUGCACUUGGCUUAAAGGGACCACAGUAAAAUGGAUUCCUGACCAAAGGGUGCCAUAUGCUUGCAAGGAUAAUGAGUGGGUUGGAUUUGACAACCAAGAAAGUUAUGAAUGCAAGGUGAGGUUCUUAAAAGAAAGUGGGUUUGGCGGUGCUAUGGUUUGGGCCAUUGAUUUAGAUGAUUUUCAGGGAAGCUUUUGCGGUGAAGGGAAAUAUCCACUGAUCAGUCACCUGAAGUCCUUGUUGGAAGGUUCAACUGUAAACUGCCCUGGUGACAUAUGUGGUGGAACUCCAACUCCAACUACUCCAGGUACACCAACCACAACCACAACUGUAACAACUACAACAACAACAGCAGCCAAUCCUGGAGAAAGUACACCAGAGCCUCCAGUAACUACUCCACCUGUUAAUGACGUUGACUCCAGCUUCUGUGUGGGUAAAACUGAUGGUCUUCAUGUAAACCCACUAAAUACAAACAAAUUUUACAUAUGUGCAUCUGGGGUUACCUACUCAAUGAAAUGUGGAGAUGGAUUAGUAUUUCAGGCUAGCUGCAACUGUUGCAACUGGCCAUGAAGAUGCAUCUGUCCCCUUUGAUCUAAUACUACCAAUACAUAUAUAUGCCCUAAUAAAUUUUCAGAUGAAUAUGC